AUGGCGAUGCUCUACAUGCCCUCGUCUUUUCCCGCCGCCGAUCUCGAAGCCUGGUUCAAGCCCUCGGCGCGUAGCGAACGUGUACAAGCCCUUGAUAUUCUCGAACGCCUGCAUAUCCUCGGUUCGAAACGGGAAGACGAUAAGAGCUUGUCGUACUCGCUCAUUCCGGGGUUUCAGCGUAGCUUGCGCCAUGCCAUCGAAGGGUCGGGCACGCAUCGCACGUUUGGUGUGCCGGCGUCGAAGGCCGAGAGAGGGGAGAAGAGGCUUAGUAUUGAGUUUCUGGAUGCGCAUGCAAGAGAGCAGUGGGAGGGCAUAUUGUUCUUCAUGGUCAGCGGAGCUGCAGGGUUCCAGCCAGGGAGCGUGAAGAUGGACGUCGGGCCUGGGACGAAGAAGCUGUUACAUGCGGGAGAUCUGGUCAGGACAGUGCAUGGGACACCGAGAAUCACUAAGGAGGGAUUCAGCUUCGUGCUGCAGGAGACGAAUGCCCAGGUGUGGAAUCUGCUGAUAGUAUACCUCAAGAUGGUCGACGAUCUGGGCAUGUCAGAGACCGAAGUCCUCUCCUUCCUCUUCAUGCUCGGCUCCCUCGAACUCGGCCAGGACUACUCUACUUCGACCCUCUCUCCCAGUCAACUCCACAUGCUCGACGACCUCUCUGCCAUGGGCAUCGUCUACCGCAGCUCCAAAGACUCACCCACAUUCUACCCCACCCGCCUCGCUACCACCCUGACAUCCGACUCCGGCGCCCUCCCCGGCUCAGACGUCGGCACCACGGAGAAGCCCGACAGCAAGGCCCAAAACAAGGGCUUCAUCAUUGUCGAGACCAACUACAGACUCUACGCAUACACAAACAGUCUGAUCCAGAUUGCCAUCCUCAGCUUGUUUACCAAACUCCAACAUCGAUUUCCUAACCUCGUCUCCGGCAAGCUCACAAAGGAAUCCGUCCAUCGCGCCGUCCAAGCAGGCAUCACGUCCGCGCAAAUCAUCUCCUACUUAACCACCUACGCCCAUCCGCAGAUGCAAAAAUCUAACCCGCCCUUGCCACCUACCGUCAUGGACCAGAUCCGCCUGUGGGAGUACGAAGGCGAGCGUGUCGAAGUUACCACGGGCUAUUUGAUGCGGGAGUUUGGGUCGGAGAGCGAGUAUAGAGAUGUGAUGGGCUAUGCGCAGGCAUUGGGCGUGCUGGUGUGGAAGAAUGAUGCGAAUAGAUGCUUUUUUGUCAGUCAUGUGGAGCAGGUGGCGGGGUACUUGAAGAAGAAAAAGGAGGGCAAGGGAGGGAGGUAG